AUGCUUAGAAUUAUUAGAUCCUCAAACCUUAAGCCUACAAAUCCCUCCUUUUUAUCCUCUACUUCAAGACUAUAUCCAUCUUUUAAUACUACUAACAAUGUGGUUCGAAAUUUAGUUGGUUUUAGUUUUGAAAAGACUCCUGAAGUAAAAAACGAAAUUAAAAAAUCAAUAGAAGAUAAGUUUUUGAAAGAUGUUAAUGUUGAUUUUAAAAAUCCUGGCUCAACCACUGAUACUCAAAAAAAUUACUUGGACGACAACCAGGUUCCAAACGUUUUAAAUAUUACUUCUCAGAAUUUAAAAGAACAUUUAAAAGAUGAAAAAAUAUUGAGUCGUACUUUGUCUCUAUUGGAAGUUUGUUUAAUAACAAAAGAUUUUACAAGAUCCUAUCAGAUUUUAAAAAGUUUGUGCGAUGCUGAUCUUUCACCUUAUCAAUUAAUAAAUUGUGUUAAUAAUUACUUUGAUACCUGGAUUAAUUCUUUACAUAAGGAAAAUUUAAAUGAAGCUACCGAGUUUAUUGAGUCUUUUUUCGAUAAUUUCAAAGUUAAUCCAAAUGGUAAAACUUAUGCUAUUAUGUUAAGAUAUUGUGUAGAUCACGAAUUACCUUUUGAUAACUAUUUAAAGCACCCAAUAAUAACUCCCAGAUCAAUUUUUGGAAAUAUUGACAGUAUCGGUUUAGAUAAUACUAAAAUAAUUCUUAAACAACAUCCUGAAUUAUUAGGUUCUAUCCCAAAAAUUUAUAAAGAAUUAUUAAAAAAUGAACUACAAGACUUAAAUGAUCAAAUUGAACCAAUCACUAAUGAACAAAAAAUUGAUCAACAAUUGAAUAAAACCAAAGAAUAUUACGAUUCCCUUGGUCAAAGUGAUUACUUUAAGAAGAAUGAUAUUUUGCCUCCGACUAUUGAAAAGGGUGUUCAAAAGGAGUUAAAUCCUGUUGAUACCUUUGGUAUGAAAAGUAUUCGUCAUGCUUUAUUAGCUUUAACAUCCCAAAAUCCUCAACUAGAAUCCAAAUUGAGUUCUCUUCUUCAGAACUUGAACGAAAGAAACAUCUUAAUGGAUAGACUCGAUAUAAAUAAAGAUUUAAAUUUUUUCAGCAUUUAUCAAAGAUUGGCCGAUCAUCCAAAAGAACAAGCUUUAUUCGAAGAAGCUUUAGAAGUUUAUAAUGAAGAAAGACAAAAACAAUUGGAAGCUAGAUCUAUUGAAGCUUCAAUAGAGAGUUGGAAAAAUGAUCACGCUAACUUGCAAAAACUUGGUAUUACUCCAAUAAGAAAAUCUUUAAACGCAAGAUUAUGGAAAUGGUAUAAUGAUGCCCUACCAUUAGUUGAAAAGGAAGUCGAAGAAUGUAAAAAAGUUCUUAAAGAAGCUGAAACUACACCACCAAGAACCGCCAGUGUUUUGAAUAGACUAAAAUACGCUCCAUAUAUUCUAUUAAUUGAUGCUAAAAAAUUGUUAGUGAUUGCAAUUUUGGAAUUAAUUAAAUUGAAUUCAUCUGGUGGAAUUCAAGAUGGUAUGAGAAUUGCAAGAGCUGUUAUAUCAAUCGGUAGGGCAAUUGAAAGUGAAUUUCAAUCUGAACAAUUACUAAAAUCCGAGAAUAAUUUUUUUAAAAAUGUAGCAAAAAGUAAAAGUUCUGAAAGAUUUCAAAAAAUUGUUCGUUAUUCUAAAAAAUAUUUCAGAUCCACCUCGGAAACUACUUCAUUUACUGAAUGGAGUUAUGAUGUUAAAGCUAAAAUUGGAUCUAUUUUAGUUACUGCCUUAAUGAGUGUGGCUACAAUUGAAGUUGAAGGAAAGGAUCCUAUAUCAGGAAAAGUUGUCCAUGGUGAAUCACCAGCAAUGUUUCAUACUUUUAUUUUCAGUGGAGGUAAUAAAAUUGGUGUUUUGAAAUUCCAUAGAUCAUUUAUUGAAAAGAUUUCGGAUGAAGGUUUUAAUAAAGCUGUUAAUCCUCAAUCAUUGCCUAUGUUAAUUAAACCAAUUAAAUGGUAUGAUUGGAAAACCGGUGGUUACAAUUAUUCCAAGAAUUAUUUAAUUAGAUCUAAAGAUUGUCCUGAACAAUUAGCAUAUGUUGAAGCAGCUUCGGAAAAUGGUGAUUUAGAAGGUGUUUAUGAUGGACUAAACGUUCUUGGUGUUACUGCGUGGACCAUUAAUAAAAAGAUAUUGGAUUUAGUUACAGAGGCAUGGAAUUCUGGAGAAGAGUUUUUAGAUAUUCCAAAACAUGAAAAAGAGUUGAUUUUACCUCCUAAACCAGAUAGAGGUGAAGAUCCAAGUGUAAAAACUGAAUGGCAAACAAUAUCUAAGCAAAAAUCGUAUGAAUAUUAUGCUAAUAGAAGUCAAAGAUGUGAUACCAAUUAUAAGUUGGAAAUUGCUAGAGCAUUUGUUGGAGAAAAAUUCUACUUCCCACAUAAUUUAGAUUUUAGAGGUCGAGCCUAUCCAAUAUCACCAAAUUUCAACCAUUUAGGUAAUGAUUUAAGUAGGGGAUUAUUAUUAUUUUGGAAGGGUAAAAAACUAGGAGAAUCAGGUUUCAGAUGGUUAAAGAUUCAUUUAUCUAAUCUUUUUGGGCAUGAUAAAGUUUCACUUGAAGAUCGUGUUAAAUUUACGGAAAAUAAUUACGAAAACAUUCACAAAUCAGCAGAAAAUCCUCAGGCAGCAGAUGCAUGGUGGAAAAAAGCAGAUAAGCCAUGGCAAGCACUUGCAACCAUUUUUGAGCUUUCACAAGCAUUAAAAUUAAAAGAUCCAACAGAAUUUAUUUCUCAUCAACCAGUUCAUCAAGAUGGUACAUGUAAUGGGUUACAGCAUUAUGCAGCAUUAGGUGGUGAUUUAGAGGGUGCCAGACAGGUUAAUCUUUCACCAUCAGUUAAACCUAUGGAUGUUUAUUCAUAUGUUGCAGGAUUAGUUCAAGCAAGAGUGGAUGAAGAUGUUAAGAAUGGGAAAUCACAAGCAGCACUUGUGCAACAUUCUAUCAAGAGAAAAGUUAUUAAACAAACAGUUAUGACAAAUGUUUAUGGUGUUACAUAUUUGGGUGCAACACAGCAAAUUGCCAAGCAACUUACUGAUGAAUUUGGAAAGGAUACAGCAUAUUUCUUAUCUAAAUAUCUUGCAGUUCAUGUUUUUGCAUCAGUUCGAGAAUUAUUUCAAGGUGCGCAUUUAAUUCAAGAUUGGUUAGGAGAAUGUGCAAAGAGAAUUGGGUCAUCAGUUCGAAUUGAUUUAAAAGAGACAGAGAUUGUUGAUCCUAAGACAUUAAAGUUGCUUUGCAUGACAUCAGUCAUUUGGACAUCGCCAUUGGGAUUACCAAUAGUUCAACCAUAUAGGGAAGACGGUAAAGCAGUUAUUAAAACUAAUUUACAAUCGAUUUCUAUUACGGAUCCAUUUGAAUUAAAUGUUGUUAAUGCAAGAAAGCAGUAUACAGCGUUCCCACCAAAUUUCAUUCAUUCAUUAGAUGCAUCUCAUAUGUUAUUGUCAGCAGUUGAAUGUGGUAGGAAAGAAUUGACAUUUGCAGCGGUUCAUGAUUCGUAUUGGACCCAUGCCGGCGAUGUUGAUAGAAUGAAUGAGAUCAUCCGGGACAAGUUUAUUGGAUUACACCAAGUUGAUUUAGUUCAAAGAUUGAAGAAUGAGUUUGAAAAGAGAUAUCAAGGCUAUUUGCUUCAGGUUUCUAUUUGCGAUGACUCUGAAGCGGCUAUAUUGGUGAAAGAAUUCAAAAAGGAAUAUCUUGCUAAACACGGGGAGAGAUUAUCAAUGAUUGAUGAGAUUCGGUUAGAGAAACGCAGAAGGGCACUAUUAAACUCUAGAGAUAUCAAUGAGGUGAACGAGGGAUUGAAAAUGGAGACAACCAUCAAAAAAGUACAAAACCUCGAGGAGGAAAUCUCAAAACCUUCGGAAGCAUCAAACAAUAAGGGAAUGAUGAAGAUCUUGGUGCCAUUGAGAUUGCCCGACGUGCCACCCAAGGGAGAGUUUGACGUGAGAGAAGUGAAGGAUAGUUUAUAUUUUUUCAGUUAGAUGGCACAGAGCCUAGGCUCUUUCUGUACAUAUUUAAACCACUGCUGACGAUUUCCAGCGUUUCGACCAACCACCAGCCGUCGGAUGGAAACAAGACCGGAAGUCUCAGUGUUUGGCGCAUCCGCUG